AUGGCUCCACACACCGGCAUUGGCGCGUCAGAAGCCUUCAGCUUCGAUGAGGCCCUCACUUGGGAGCACAACAGUUCCGCGCACGAAGAGGAGCCUAGCCGGCGAAGGAGCUUCUUUCGUAAAGUUGGUCUCACCACACAACGCAAAAGACCCGACCCAGAAGAUGAUCUGCCGCCGUUCGUAAUGCGUCAAAUUCCCUAUCCUACCUGGCGGAAGCAUUAUGCAAAGGACAAGGACGGCAACUACAGAGGUACCCAUGCUCCGGCAGAAGAUUGUCUUCUCAAACCAGAGGAUGUGCAAAAAUGGCGACUCGGCGAUCCUGUAACGAAGGCGGACAGAUGGACUCGAGGCAGAGAGGCGCUGCCUGUUUAUUCGGAAGUACACACCGAGGGCGCCGCACCAGAGUAUCAGAUCGACUGCGUCAACCCAGACCAGUCUCCAGCCAAUGAGCGGAUUGUGGCUCCGGAGGAUGAUCGGCCCCCCGAAUACUUUGAUGCAACUGACCUGCGCGCGAAUUCGCAGCGGCAAGCCUCAAGCGUUUCACCCCAACAGCGCUUCCAUCCUACCGCGACAUCAGCACCGAGGGCCAUUUCACCAUAUCAAGACCAGACGAUCGCUGGUGGGAAGACGGCUGCUGAGAUAGUCGAAGAAGCCGGAAAUAAAGGCAAACCGAAGUUGACGUGGAGACAGAAGCUAUCCAAGGGUGCCUCGAUGACUAUGGGUGCUCCAAUGCCCGGAACAGGUGUAUGA